UCUUAACUCUCUCAUUCUCAAGCACUAUUUAGGUUAAGUUGAUUAGCGACUGAAACUUUUUAAUGCGUCAUUUUGAAAAGGAAACGGAUCAUUACUUUUAAGCGUCAGUCACAUUGAUCAGAAUUGUUACCCUCGGGGUUUAAAAAAAAAAAUCCAUAUGGCUGUUUUCGAUAAUACAAAACAUAGCAAAUAUUGGAAAUACCCCGCAGAUCAAGGGGUGAUACGGGGGUGCAUCGAAACUUUUAGACUCUCUACUACCUGUAGUACUGUGGACAUCCUACACUUUUCUGUUUUCAUGUCGGAUGUAGAGAGUCUGCGGUGUUUUUAUGUGCCAGUUGAUGUUCUGGGUGACGUAUAGUGUGCACGGUUGUAAUCCUUCUUAAGAGUUGGGUGAUGUGUAGUGUUUCAAAGUAUUCUCAGCGUCGUCUCCAGGAGCCAUUAAAUAAAUACGCCUCAUUCCACAAUCCGUCCGCCUUCGUUAUGUUAUUUAUAGCUUGGGAAACUGCUGAGUAAUUGCUUUAAGUUUCCAAAUAACACGAGAACUGCACUCCCGAACUAAAGUUUGGCCGCUGCAUUGUUGGGUGGUUGCAAUGCACAGUGUGAGACGGAGGAAAAUGCAUGACGAAAUUUGUAUUACCGCAACAAGACCGGGGUGGGUGGAGCCUUGCCCCGUUGCAGAAAAAACGUCGGAGGGGGGAAAGUUGUCUUUAAAUCCCGGCCUGGUCGUCGGAGCAAAGUAAUUCACGUCGAAACAAACCCAUUCGCCUGGUGCUCGCUGCUCGCGCUCCACUUCCUGACACGAGCGGCCGCACCGGUUACUAUUGGCAGCGCCGGGCUGGGGUUCUGAAUCGGAACCUUGAGACCUGAAAUCAGAACCUUGAGAACUGAAAUCGGAACCUUGAGACAAGCGUCUACGUUCGAAGUGAGCAGCCGUGGCCUCUCGCACACCCGGGCAGUCGACAACACUUGGGGCGGCUGCGCUGAGCUACACUGCAGCCCUCAGCAACGCCGCAAGAAGGCAGGCAUCGACCCUCGGCUAACACCAGUCUUCCUUCUUGGAGGGUGGGAAAAAAAGGGACUUAGGCACGUUGUGGAACGAAGCAAAGGAGCCAAGUCUGAGUAAUGGCAGUAGGAGCUCUGGAUGCGGGGCGCUGGGCGCUUGUCGCGAUUCUGCUCUGGGUCUCCCGUUGUUCUGGUUUUAACUUGGAUAUCAGCCCGUCUGUUUACUCCGGACCCCCGGGCAGUUACUUUGGAUUUGCUGUCGACUUCUUCACACCUGCCCCGUCACAAAUGAACAUUUUAGUUGGAGCCCCAAAGGCAAAUACUUCUCAGCCAGACGUAGUCGAAGGUGGAGCAGUGUACAAGUGCCCCUGGAAGAAGGGAGACACCAGCUGCGAGCAGUUCCCAUUUGACAACACAGGUAACAGAUUUUUAAGCAAGGAUGAUAUGAUGGAAUUCAAAUCCCACCAAUGGUUUGGAGCAUCAGUGAGAACUCAAGGUGAUAAAAUUCUGGCUUGUGCACCCCGUUACCACUGGAGAACAUUAAAUCGGCCUGAACGUGAACCAGUGGGGACCUGUUACCUUGCCGACGGGGAUAAGGUAGUGGAAUAUUCACCGUGUCGAACAGCCAAAAAUGAAGCUGAUGGCCAAGGCUUUUGCCAGGGAGGUUUCAGCAUUGACUUCACAACGGCAGGCAGAGUGGUUCUUGGGGGACCAGGCAGUUUUUACUGGCAAGGGCAGUUAAUCUCCGAUGAGAUUAAGGACAUCGUCACAAUGUACAAUUCUUCAGUGUUUAUCUCACAAUUUCCGAAUCAAGUCUCGACACGUGGGGCUAACGCUGCAUUUGAUGACAGCUACCUUGGUUAUUCAGUUGCUGUUGGAAACUUUACCAAUGAUUUGGUGGAAGAUUUUGUAACUGGUAUUCCAAGAGGAGCAAAGUCCCUGGGCUAUGUGACUAUUUUAAAUGGAGUUAACAUGGAAUCGCUUCACAAUUUCACUGGGGAGCAGAUGGCUGCAUACUUUGGUUACUCUGUUGCUGUUACUGAUAUCAACAGUGAUGGAUUUGAUGACCUUUUGGUUGGAGCACCGCUUUUUAUGGUUCGUGGUUCUGAUGGAAAAUAUCGAGAAGUGGGACAAGUACAUAUUUAUUUUCAGGAUGCUCCAACUAGUUUUAAAAAUGCUUUGAAGCUGACAGGCACAGAGACCUAUGCCAGAUUUGGGUCUUCAAUUGCACCUCUGGGAGAUCUCGAUCAGGAUGGUUACAAUGAUGUUGCAAUAGGAAUUCCUUAUGGAGGGGAAGACCAUAAAGGCCUGGUUUACAUUUACAAUGGGAAAUCUUCUGGUUUAAAUCCUCAUCCUUCUCAGAUGUUAGAAGGACAGUGGGCUUCUGACAGAAUGCCUGCCAGUUUUGGUUAUGCCAUGCAUGGCGCUGUUGAUGUUGACACAAAUGGAUAUCCAGAUUUAAUUGUGGGAGCUUUUGGUGUUGACAAAGCAGCAGUUUACAGAGCCCGACCAGUAAUCCUUGUGAAUGCUUCAUUAGAAGUCAGUCCAUCGGUGCUGAAUCCGGAGACUAAAAACUGUACACUCGGAGAAAAUGUCAUGGUGUCCUGUUUCACAGUUACAUUUUGCUUAAGUGCCUUUGGAAAAAGAGCCACAAGUUUCUUGGACUUUAAUGUGGAACUGCAGUUGGACAAGCUGAAGCAGAAGGGUGCCAUCAAGAGAGCAAUGUUUCUUCACAGUUCUCUUUCUUCACAUGAGAAGAAAAUGAAAGUGGAAAAUAAUCGAAGAAAAGUUUGUGAAGAAUUGGAGGCCUAUCUGAGGGAUGAGUCCGAGUUCAGAGACAAAUUGACUAAAAUUGCUAUCUACAUGAAAUACAGCUUGGAUUUAACAACAGCAAUGGAUAAAAAUGGACUAAAACCAAUCCUUGACCAAUUUACUCCAGAUAAUAUCACCAAACAGGCACACAUUUUAGUGGAUUGUGGAGAUGACGACAUCUGCAAACCCGAUCUUAAACUCUCCGUGCAAGGGGAUCGAAAGCAGCUGUACAUUGGGGAUGAUAAUCCCUUAACCCUGAUUGUGAAUGCACAGAAUGAGGGUGAAGGAGCAUAUGAAGCUGAACUAUACAUUGAGUUACCACCACAAGCAGAUUAUGUCGGUGUUGUUCGCAACAAUAAGAGUCUUACCAGAUUGUCCUGCGCUUACAAGACAGAAAAUGAAACUCGAUUGGUAGUUUGUGAUCUUGGAAACCCCAUGAAAGCAGGAGCAAAUCUCUUGGCUGGUCUGCGAUUCAGCGUACACAAGCUGCAAGAGGCCGAGGCAGUUGUUAACUUUGACCUGCAAAUUAAAAGUUCCAACAAGCAUGAUGGGAAGAGUCAAAUAGUAUCCUACACAGUUGACAUUACUGUCCUGGCUCAAGUUGAUAUCAGAGGGUAUGUAUUAACAUUUUAAACACUAAUAUAAAGGACUUUGGAUGGUAUUGUGAUUUCAAGUCAUUCCCAAAGUUGAAGAAUGAUGAAUGGCGUAAAUCAUUCAUAUAGAGUGCAGUAAUUUUUGCAAGAGGUGAUUGUGCAAUAAGAAUGUAAAGCACUUGGGUGUGAAUAAACUGUGCAACAGUUUGUUUUUUAUUUUUUCCUGACUAAAAUCCCUGGAUUUAAAAUACAAAGUACUGGAGUGUCUGGGUGGGUCAGCCAACAUCUGUGGAGGGAAAGGAUAGGUGAUAUUCAGGGUCGGCACUCUUCAGAUUGAAGAAGUGUCCUGACCCGAAACAUUGUCUAUCCAUACCUUUUAUGGGUUCUGCCUGACUGCCUUUUGUGUUUUUCUCAUGAUCUCAACAUCUAAAGUUCUGUAUUGGCACAAUGAAACAUAGAAAAUAUAUGCAGGAGUUGGCCAUUCGGUCCUUUAAUCCAGCACCGCCAUUCAAUAUGAUCAUGGCUGAUCAUCCAAAAUCAGUACCCCGUUCCGGCUUUUUUCCCCAUAUCCCUUGAAUCCCUUAGCCCUAAGAGCUAAAUCUAAAUUAUAGCUGAUUC